AUGGCCCCCGUGGACAUACCAAAUGCUGGUGAUUUCUUCAGCAUGUGGCGACAUCAUAUAUACCAUUUAUCUGAGCAGUCCGCUGUAGUGAGUAUAACAACCUCGUACGACUGCCGGGACAGUCUUUUAGCGCUCGCCCGAGCAGCGACUUUGGGAGGGGUUCUCAAGCUUCACUCACAGCUCGAUUCCAACCCUAAUAAUCUUGUUUUAUGCGGUAAGUUCCCGGCAGACAGCCCAGAAGGAAUACAGUGUUUUACUCUUCCUAAUGCUACGGUACUCGUCCGGAUUGAAGUCGGUACGGGUCCUCAGCAUGCAGGGAAAGCCAGAGUUGCGGUGCGGUCCUCAGAGCCUCUAGUAGCAUUGGCGGUCCGAGAUGAUCUUCUACUGGCCUUCGCCGAGCUUCCAGUGGAUGAGGAACCUCACGACCCCAACUUUGCCGCGUGA